CUUCACUAUACUGUAGCUGUAUAUAGAAUUUAACAUCAGUAUUUAAUAAAGUACCAUAUAGGUACGUAGGUAGGUAUGUGCCAAUUUAAAUGUUUUCAGCAUCGAAAAACUGUUUCAACGACAAUUUUAACUAACCGUGCCAAGGACGUUAUGGAUAGUUAGAACUAUAAUAGACAGACCUUUUUGGUAAUCACUGAACGGAUAAAAUCAGUCAUAAUUACUCUCUCUUCAUUCCAGUUCCACAGUGUGUUUGGUACAUAAGUAAUACCCAUCUAUAUAAUGUCCUAUUUAUUAGUAUGAAAUAGAAGGUUGUGUAGUAUGUACGUUCGUCGCUUCUCUUUUGAAAAUUAUUAAUUUCGUUAUUUUUUUUACCUUUUUCCCUAAACGUUAUUUUGUGGAUUUUGUAAAGUGUAAACUAUAAUUAUAUCUAUAUCCACUUACGGUAAUAUUUCCAAAACAACAAAACAAACUGGAAACCAAAAUUUACAGGUACUAAAAACAUGUAUAAUAUAAUUUAAGUUAUAAAUAAUAAAUAGAUAUAUAAUACACAUAUGGUAAUAUUAUAAUAUUAUCAUAUAAAUGAUUUUAAUAUUCAUUGUUACUGAAAAUAUGGUUUAAAAAAAGAAUACGGAUAUAUAUUAUUAUAUUGUAUAUAGCUAAAACAAAAAGAACAGAUACUACUGAUGGUUGUACCAUUGUUGUAGGUAGAACGUAGGAAGUCGAGAAGAUAGGAAACAUACAAUUAUUUAAUUAUUAUCUGUAUGCAAGAAUAAACCAUUGCUAAUGAAAAAAGAUUCUGAGUGAAGUUCGAUUACUUAUACAUGUUUUUAAAUAUAAUCAUUUUUAAGAUUUUUGUUUUAACGAUUUUAAAAAAACUAGUAUAUUAAACUAAACUUUUUUUUGCCACUAUAUUAAAUUAAUAGAUAAUGAACCUAGAAUUAAAUUUUCAAGCAUUUCUGUUCGAUCGCACGAUUUUAUUCACAUUAAACUAAAUAAAACUAAUAAAAAAAACUCAAAACGUCAAAUAAUAAUUAUAAAUAUCUCAAAAAUCAAAUUUUGUUGAAUAUUUCAACACUUCUAGAAUAGGCUUAUGUAACUAUUUUGUAAAAAUAUCUGGUUUUUACGAUUGUUUUUAACCGAAUUCCAAAAAACUAAAAAACUAAAUCGAAAAUUAUGCAACAGUUAAUGCAGUAAACGUUCCCGUUUUUCCAAAUUAUUUAGAAAGCUACACGGAAAAUCAGAAAACAACAUUCUUACAUAUCAACUAGAUAAAAACAUUUUUUAUACAAGAUGCUUCACUUGAUUUUCAGUACAGGAUUAUUAUUACGUUAUAAAUAUCAAGCUAAGAGUAUAUUGGCGAUCUCUCUCCUCCGGAUCAGUAUAUAUCUAGUUUACAAUUAUACCUAAUAUCAAUCAUAUGUAAAUACAUACGAUUUAAAAUAUUUUAUGCAUUAUUCUUGGUUUAAUACAGCGUUUCCCAACCGGUGUGUCGUGAGCACUCCAUAGGUGUGCCGUGAGCACUCCAUAGGUGUGCCGCGAAAUAUCAUGAUUAUUAAUAAACGUUUAUGUAAAAUUCCGAUAAUAGCUUAAAAUAUGUUUAACGAUUCUCUUAUAGGCUAUUACCUGAUUGUUAUAAUCUUGAAUUCUUGAUAAAUAGUGUAAUAAAAAUUAUUUUUGUUCAUAAUUUCUUAUUAAUUCAUUGUAUUUACUUAAAGCUGGUUAGUCGUUAGUCGUCCUUCAUGAAGCAAAUUUAUCAUACUAACAUUUUUAUUUAAACCGACAUUUAUUUUAUACGCCUUCUUUGAACGUCACUGAUAUUCCACGUGCUGCGCACGUAUAAUGGAUAAAAUAUGAUUUUGCAUGAAUUUUCGUAACCUAAAUAAACACAACAUUUUAAAUUAUUUACUAGUAAUUUACUGAUUUAAAACUAUUUUGAUAUAAAUAUGGUAAAAUCCUAAUAUAAAAAAUACAAAAAUUUAUACAUACAUAAGUCAGUGUCUAGUGUGCCACAGUUAAAUAUAGGUUAGGAUUAGUGUGCCGUGAGGGGAAAAGGUUGGGAAACGCUGGUUUAAUAGAAGGUAAGACAAGUAUACAAUUAGAAAUUUCAAGUAUAUAAAUUAAUAUUUCCAUUUAAUAUAAAUGCAUAAUAUAUUUUAUUUUUAUCAAAUAUGAACAAAUUGCAAUUUGUGUACACUUUAUGAAUUUAGAAUAUAGGCUUAUAUUUUAUACAGUUUUAUUAUUAUUCAUGUACAUAAUAAAUUAUUAUUAUAUAGUUAUAUUAGCAUAUUAUUGUUAAUAUUAGUAUAUUUUUUUUUGAUCUGUUGAAUUAUAUAUAGUUUUUAAUUUUAGAUUUAAACAAUUUGUCAAAAUAUACAAAAUAAGUACAACAAUUUUAAAAUAACCACUUUCCUGCAAAAUCUAUUCAAAUUUUAAAUCUGAUAUCAUGGCACCGAGAAAUAAAUUUAUAUCGCACUCUGCUAUAUUUAACAAUAAUUAACAAAAGUAUGCAAAUGCUAGAAGUCCCUAAGCCUAAUAAUAAUACAUUAUACAGUUAAAUCUCAACUAGCACAUAUAAGAAAACGUGGUUAAAGCAGUUUAGGAAUAUACGUCUGUAUUCAUAUUUGAAUAACAAAUCUGUCACAUUUGAUGUUGUGACGCCGAUUUGUUGAUUGUCGUUUCAUUAAUUAAUGCACGUUAAUACAGCCGUUAUUAAGAUUAUCGAUAGGCCAAUAAAACAAACUGUGAACAAAUUCAGUCGCAUCAGUCGAAACGUGACAUAUUUUUGAUAUUUUAGGAGUAAUUUAGUUUACAUACUGAAUACGACCACAUACUAUUGCGAACAAAAUAUAUGAUUGAGCAAAACUCUGCAAUUAACUGAUUAGAUUAUAGAUAAGUUGUUUAAGACUAUAUUAUAAUAAAACUGAUUUUUUUUAACUUGAGCAGGAUGGUGGCCUUGUUGAACGCGUGAAACCUUUUCUCUGGCCUCUAAUGAUGACCUUGCAUAAACCCUAUCAUUCUAUUUGUUGUAUUUUUUUCAACGGUGAAUAUUUUUUCACCUGUGAAUAAAAUUUGUUUAAAUUUUUUUCGACCGUACGAGCGUAACAGCUUUUUUGAUCUUUCGAGUCUUACUUCUCUUCAAUCGGUCCGUCAACAAAUGGUUUGUACAUCGCUUAUAUGCACGCAUACCUAAAUCAUCUCGGAUUAUGCGAGAAACCGAUCGCAUGUUGAAUUUCAUCUCUCGUGCGAUGAUUUUCUGUUUCCGUAAAGGAUUUCAAUUGAUUCUUGAACGAAUGGCUUCAAUCGCCUUUUUCAUCCGAACAGAACGAGGACAACCACUUCUAACACGAUCAACAUCACCAGUAUCAGAGUAACGUUCGAUGGUCCGAUACACAAAUCAUUCACUCAUUUUAAGCGGUCGCAAGAGAGCGAAAAUUUGAUUUGUCCAAUUUAAACAAACCAAUUAUGGCAAUGCGAAUGUAGUAAUCUUCCCACUGCAUUGUUAGUACGGGUACUGCGGAAAUUACUGUGAUCGGGCCAUGUGCAUGACACUUAUUAUCAUGCACUUAAAGUUGUCACUUUUGGAAAUUAAAUUGGCUCUUAACUACAGGAUACUGACAGAAUUUUUGUCAUGAUUAGGUAUAAUUUUUUUUCUAUGUAUUCCUUCGUUUAAUUUUUUACAUUUAGUCGUGUUUUACAUGUUGACUUUGUGAUUUUACCUGACGAUGAGGUGACGUAUUUAUUUAAUUAUUUAUUUAUUUGUAUACAUAUUAAUACUGUAAUAAUGACAUUUUUUGCAUUUAAUAUGAUAUUAAAAAAUAAAAACAAUUAAAAAAGCUGUAUUAUUUUAUGAGAGUGAUAAAAAUGAUUGUUACAUAGAUAUACGAUACUACAACGAAAGCUUUAAAACUCUUUCAUUGUCCUAUAAUAAAUAAUUAUAUUAUUUAUUUAGAUGGGCAGUUACCCAAUUAAAAUAUAAAUUUAUUAGAAGUAUUUAAUUUUUAACACAAAAUUGUAGUUGUUACAGUUUAAUAAAGUAAGAAUUUAAAUAUAUUCUGUUUUUAUUUAGCUAUACUCUGACGUUGUAGUGAAACUAUAGAAGGCUUGUACGAUUGACAUCCUAACCUUAAUAAUAUAUUAAUAUUAUAAAAAACGAACCUAUAUUUCGCAAAGACAAUAUUGUAAGUUGCUAUAUUGAAUACAAUGCACACAGCACGCUGACAUUAUUAACCGAGUCACUUAUUAAUCCUGCUUAUCACGCAAACACGUGGUGUAUAUUUGUUCUGUGACGAAAGAACCAUACUUAAUACGCAUUUAUAGUUUCUGCAUAGUAAACACCUUACACUAUACUAUAUUAUGUGGUUUUUGCGAGUGACAUUUAUUUUUGUUAAUCACGUAAAGUAUAAUAAUAUUGAUAAUAUGGAUACUAUAGGUACCUAAUACGAUAAGUACCUACUCGGGGGGUAUUUUGUAAUAUUUUUUUUUUUAACUCUACCGAUAAUUAUUUGGUCUAAUGAUGAAUAAACUUCAAAACAUUAACACAUACCUACCAUAUCAUAUUCAGUUCGAGUAAUUGAGGAAAUAAUAAUGCCAUCGCUUAAUGCGAUUAUGAGUGCAAUAUAAUAUAGCAUUAAUAACUAUAAUAUGCUUGAUAAUACCUUACGUUAUAUUCUGCUUAUCUAUAUAUUAUCUAAAAGUUCCAUUUAAAGCACGCAUGAUAAAUGCAAUACACAUAUUGAAUUAAAUAUAAAUCAGUAUAAUUUCAAAAUAGUAUUUUACUAUUAUUAAACAAGAGUUACUCAAAUGAGAUUUUUAGCAAUAAAAUAAAUAUAAAAGUUUUUAAAAUGUAGUAUAUUAGGAUAAAUUCUUAAUAACUUUAAAAUUAAAAUUGUACAUUUUUUAAAGUUGCCUUAUAUCACAUUUACAUCUAUAUUUGUAUUUGUUUAGAUCAUACUAAUGCGCACGUAUUGAAUAUUAACAUUUGAACCGGAUUGGGUUUUUUCCACUAGAGAGAAAAUUUACAUAGGCCAUUAAAAUUAAAACAAAACUUUAAGUAGGUAUCAACUGACGCGUUUUCCAGCAGAUGGAUUAAUUAUUUUUGUUUUUAUUCUGUACAGACAUAUCUAUUGAGAUUAGAUUUAAAUUUUACGUACUAUUUUUUUUAAGUUACUUCGUAAAAAUUCUUUUCGAUUUAUUGAUUAGCUUAACCCGGGUGAGUUUAAAGUUUAAUUUUUGUAAUCCGUAUACAUAUUAUAUUCAAUGACUAUAUAUAUUUUGAGUUAGCAUAUAAGUACCGAUGGUUCUACAAACUUCUACAAAUGAUUCUAUGCUCAACCAUUUUUAAAUCGUAUGCGUAGUCAUAAAAACAAAAUGUUUAAUAUCAUUUUUUAUCGAAUUGCUGUUAUUAUUAUUUUAUUUGCGUACCUUUCAUGGUUUGGUUUCAUGUGUGAUUAUGCAAUUUAAUUGAGUUAAUAAAAAUUAUGCAUAAGAGUACACAAUUAUUAUUGUGAGCUAAAAACUGUGAUAUCAUACUUUUUUAUUUUUAACCACAAAAAAUGAGUAAUCACCCAGCAGUAACACUCGAUGUAAAAUUAUUUUUAAAAUCAUUCUAUCAAAUGUUAAUUGUUUUUUUUUGUUUUUGUUUUGUUUAGUAAAAUAGGCAAACAAUUUUUGUUGUUUUUAUAAUUCAAAAAGUAUUUAGGUAUUUAUAAUUACUUUGCAUAGUUACCUAUAAUUUGUCAUUCAUAAUAUUACAUCAUUAUAAUAAAUACUUACGUACAUACCUAACUAUAUUAUAAGCAUUGAUAAUAAUAGUUCAUAUUUCUAUUAUUUUACAACAAAAUUAAAAUUAGUGACAUAUUUAAUACAUAUUAUACACGUCUAUAGUAACGUAACGUAAACUAUUUUUAAUAUUAUUUUAUUAAGAAUACAUUUUUUAGGUGAGUAGUAUUUUUAGAUGAGACUUAUUGUAAUUAUUCAUCAUUGAAAUAAUCGGAAUAAUUUUGUUUUUUACAGAAAAACUUUUUUUUAUAUCUAAAGUAGUUUUUAUAAUAAUUGAUAGAAACCAAAAAGGACGAAAAAUACGGCGCAACGGUUUCAUCAUUUAAUAAAUAUUUUAAAUUAUAUUAUUUAUAAAAGUCAAAAGACUUUGACUAAAUUUAAAGAACAGUAUACUUUCUGAAAUAAAUUUUGUUUAGUUUGUGAGUAAGAAAGUCAUUGUUUGAAUUCCGUAUAGUUAAUAAUGAUAAUUAAUCCUGAUAGUUACAAAAAACCGGAGGGAAAGUAGGAAAUACGACAAAUUAUACGGCACUUAAGUUUUUGUUGUUAUUCGGUUACAAAUUAUGAUAGAGACCUGUAGUUUACAUAAAAUACUUGUAUUAACAUUUCGUAGACGUCAUAAAAUUUUCAAAAAAACUCUAACUGUUUUUAGGCUAUUUAAUAUGCAUAGGUAUUUGAUAUUUUCGUUUUUUCAAAUAUAUUUUUUUAUUUGGUAGUUACCUGUUAUUAAAAUUAUAUUACUAGGGAAAUGCAAGCAAAUUUAGUACCAGGUAUAUUAUAAUUUGUAUUUAGUGGUCUAAAAACUUCCAGGUUUUGUGGAUAUAUUUAUCUAGAUAAUAUAUUUUAGAUUUUGAAUGCAGCAAAGAAGCUUAUAGUUUUACAAAAAUGUUUAUUUAUUUUUUUUUUAUCUGCUAUAACUUUUAUACCAGAAGACUCCCUCGGAUUUCUAAGUGUAGCACUUUUUCUGAAAGGAAAUCGGAACUUUAAGGAGGUCAUGUUUUGAUUUUCUCAUCAAAUUUGAAAAACAAUGUUUCUAAUAGGAAAUUUCACUAGGGAGAUACUUUAAGGAGGUCAUUUUUCGAUUUUCUCAAGAGUUUUCCUAACAAGUUUUAAAAGAUGAGAUAAAACACGGGAAAACCGGGAAAAAGGUGAGGAAAUUGGAAAAAUCAGUACAACAUUAAACAAAUAUUAUUAAAGAAAAUAUAUAAAACGUAUUUAAUUAUUUUACUAUAAAAUGUCAUAUAUAUAUUGUUGAAAAAGCAUCACGAUCAACUGAACUCCGCUCAGAAUAGUUUUUCGUAAGCAAGGGUUUAUCGUUACUUACAGGUAUACAUUAAUUUAUCUAUAAUAGUAGUUGCACCCUUCCCCAUUAUCCUUAUUAUUAGAAUGUCUUUUUAAUGUUUCUAAUUAGAAAGUAAAAAAAAAAUUAGUAAGUGAUAAUAAAUAAUGGAUAAAAAAGAAAAUUGAAGGGAGAGAUAUAUCUCCAAACAUUUAUACCUCCUUGCGUAUUAAGGAAUACGUAACUGUGGUGUGAUGUAAAAUAAAACCCGAAUCGCUGGUUGUAUUUUAAUUAGGUAUAUACAUACAAUAUAGUUAAAAUAAAUAGAUCGACUUACUAACAGAUAUAAGGUAUUAUGUGCAAUUAGGUACUCAUCUCAAUCGUUUUUAUUAUUCGAGUACUGCUGCAAAAUAUCGUUAAGUGAUGGAUAUUAUGGUAAUCUCAUCAUCGUGUUAAAAAUCAUCUGUUAUUAUUCAUAUAAAUAUUUCGACAUGAAUUAACUAUUACUUAUACUUGUUGAAAAAAUUAAAACAUUGUCAAUAAUAAUAUUAAUAUAUUAAUAUUGAGUUUUUAUAAAUACGUGUAAGUAUACUUAUAACUAUUAUUGUUUAAUAUAAUAUUAUAGUUUAAAUGUAGGUAUAAUAGGUACAAGAAUAUUUGUUUCUCUUUUGAUUUUCUGGUGAUAAAAAUUAUUAUGCAAUUUUAAUUCUCAUUGCCUAGGCGCUGUUUGAGCACUGAACACGUAUAGGUACCUAUUAUUUAAAUUUACGAUUUCUUCCAAGAGUGGAAAUCUGAAGUGUUAUUUAUUUAUAAUAAAGUGUAGGUACCGAGUCAGUUAUAAAAUAACGAAAUUUUCAUUUUACGUGUUCAUUUAACCUUUGAUCGUUUUAUUGUGAAUAUCUUCUAUUUUUUCACUAUUCAUACAUUUAGUUUGAACCUAUAAACUUUAUUAUUAUUAAAUCGAAUUUUAGAACAAAGUUUUCAUUUUCAUUUUUUUUUUGUAGAUUACAUCCGCAUAGUACUUCUGGCUCACUCGGAAAUCGUUCGUACAUUAUGUAUAACAGGUUCGUAAAUAACAUAUAAUAGUGUUUUAAUUGGUACUAAUGUGUGAUGUUUUUAGUGUUUAGAUAUGUAUAUUAUUAUAUCAUGAUACAUGAACGGAUGAUGAAUUACGUGUGUUCUGUUUAACCUUAUAGAUCAGUAGUGGUAUUUUUUUAUCUAAAAACACACACAGUGAAGGACAAUAUAUGUAAUACAGUGUUAUAUAUAACGUCUAGUGUUUAUAAUAUUACCGGUUUUGUCAUAACCUCAUAGUAUAACUAUGUUGUAAUGUUUAUUAUACGAAUACCUUCUGCAGAUCGAUUCUGAUGUUUAGUUUGUUUACAUCACGCGAAUCUUCAGUGGUCGAUUUGUUAAACUGUUUACCGCUACACCUGUAGUUUAAAGUUGUUCGUCCGUAUACAUUAUAUCGCAACCAAACGGAUAAUAUCAAUAAUAAUAAUAAUAAUACAAAUCAUGUUCUGGCGAAAAUAUAUUGCAUUCAUUCAGUUUUUGUGAGAAAAAAUGUCAUUGCCCAGCAACGAUUCGGAAAAAACACAAUUGCUACGACUAGGAAGUUUGCGCAAAGACGGCUGUAGGUCAGUAAAUAAUUUGUAAUGUAAUUACAUAAUUGCAUAUUUCGUAAUCAAGAUUAAUAAUAUUUUGAAAUUUAAAAAAAAAAAACGAUACUAUACGAUAAAUCGUAUCUUCAGCAGCAGAACAAAUCGCGCUUAUCAUUCAAUUCGAUUGUUCACUAAUCCACGUAUAAUUAAAGAUAAACAGAUAAUUUUUUUAAUUCAAAUUACGUGACAAUUUAUUGUGAAAUUAUUAUUUAUCAUUCGUUCCGUUUCGAUUUUAAUACAUCGAUAGUUUGUAUUCUCUCGUUACAGUAUACCUAGUAAAUAUUGCGUGUUCCGUGUGACAAGGUUAAACAGUUUUCGAUUUAUCUUGACGAUAUAUUAGCUAGGUAUGUUAUAGAUACACUACAAACUUAAAAUUGAUCAAAAAUAUCCUUGAAUUUAUAACAUUGUAUUAAAUAAGUAUGCAUACAUUUUUUUCUCUAUACAAUUUUAAAAUAAUAUAAAAUUGUUCUCUCUCCUUUGCAUAGAAUUAAAAAUAAUACAAAUACAUAUAUAUAUAUAUACGUAGGUAUCAAUUUUUGAAUUAAAAUUAAGAUAAGAAUAUUUUGUGUUUUUUUUUUUAAAAUAACAGUAUCACAAUAAUUAGUGUUGUACCGUUGUAAAUAGAAUUCGCUUAAUUAUGUUAAUUAAAUGUGUACGUUUACAAAGUUAAAUAAAUAUACUUAAAAGGCCACUCGGUUUAGCAUAUCUAUCGGGUGUAAUAUUUUACUGUUACUUUAUAUUUAUUAACUAAUAUUGUGUAUACACAUUAUACAAUAAUACAUAAUUACCAGGGAAUACUCAAUGAUUCAAUUAUUUUAAUGGAUAAUGUUGAUAAUGUUUCUGUCACCAAACUAAAAGUAUUUAUUGUUCACCAACCUCGAGUGUUUUAAUUUUAUAUUUUAAAAAUAUUUUUUCUUUUUUAUAAUAAUCUGUGCAUAUUAUUAUCAAAUAAGGAUGAGUUAAUACAACGGACGUUAACUCUAUUCAUUUAAAUUAUAUAGAAUAGCACGAGACCAUUAAGUUAAAUAGUAAAUAAAGUACAGUAAAUAAAUAAUAUAAUUUUAACUGGUCCAGUUCAAAAUGGUUACAAAAAAAUAUAAUUUAUGUUAUAGUAUAACUAUGUAUUUUCUAUGAUUAUUGAUUAAUAAAAUUAAAGCAUACUGCUAACAGUAAAUUAUUCUAUUCAAAUUAAUAUACAUACUUAUAAUAUUUAACUUCAUAAUAAUUUUAAAAUAUUAAUUGUAGUUUUAACUUAUUAAGUUUAAAAAAUUCAGAAAAAAUUUAAUUUGUUAAGUACUUGUUACUAUUUAGUAAAAAUUAAUAUUAUUUUCAGGUACUUAAUAGAACAGUGGUUCCCAACUGGAGGAGAAUUCCUCUUUACGGAGAAAUUGAGAUAACACACGGGGGAAUAUAGUGAUGAUGAAAUAACAAUAAUAUUGUUGUUAAAAUUAUUAUGCCAUAUUUUUACAAUAAGUAAAAUUGAAAACAUUGUGUUAAUUUUAUUUGUAUAAUGUAUAAUAUUAUCCCAACAAAAACCUUCCGUUAACAACUUGUAUAAACCUCACUAGGAAAAAAAAUAAAAACUCUAGUUAGAAUAGUUGUGAUAUCAAAAAGGGGCUAAGUAAUUUUUUAGAUUCAUUAGUAUAGAAAUUGUUUAUAUAUAAUAUUAUAUAUAUAUAUAUUUUUAUAUAUUAAUUGUUUAUUGUUUGUAUUUGAUAAAGUGCGAUAAUUCAAUACAAAUAAUUUAAUUUAGUUUGGUGGCUACUAAUAUUUACGACUAAAAAUAAAGAUACAAUGCUAACAUGAAUAUUUAUAAACCCAUUUUAUAAUUUAUUCGUAUAAACAUAAUAUUAUUUAAAUAUAUACUAUGAAUAGCUGCCAAGCUAAGUUGAACUAUUUGUAUUCAAUUAUCACAUUUUAUCAAAUACAAACAAUUAUAAACAAUUUCUAUACUAAUGAAUUUAAGAAAUUACUUAGCUUUUUGAUUUCACAACUUUUCUAACUAGAGUUUAUUUUUCCUAGUGAGAUAUUUACAUGUUAUUGACGGAGGGUUUUCGUAAGGAUAUCACUUAUUUUUUUUUAUUAAAAUUUUGUAUAAAGUUAACCUAUGUUUUUUUUUACCGUAUGAAAAAUUAUGGGGACAAAAUAUCUUUGUUGUUUUAUGGACUGAGUAAAUGAUUAUAUGAUAUAUAGCUAUGAAUAUAGCUUAUAAAGAAAGUUGCUGGAAAAUAAUACUACAGUAAUGCAGUGAUAAAAUUAAUAAACAAAAUUGUUUUUUAUUCAAGGCAAACGUCCACCGUUUCAAUAAGGUGGUAUCAAAAUUGUUGAAUUGUUGAAAAAAAUGGCGUUUCGAGUAAAAACUAUGCUUAUGCUAAUACAUUUACAUAUUACUCAGUCUGUAAUCAUCAGAUCAACUCGAAAUUUACAAAAGUAUCAUCUACUUAACAUAGUGAUCAACCCGUCUAAAUUUUAAAAAAGAACAGUCCAUUAUUUUAGGCUAAAAAGAGGUCGAAACAUUUUUCGUAAAAUUACACAGGUUAAAUAGGAGUUGGCAGUCUCGUGUAAUAUACAACGGCCGACGCACGAGUUCUUUUUUUUUACUUAUCUCUGUGCUGUGACCGUGGUGCUGGAUAUAGUUAUUUUGUACAAUUUAUUUAUACGGCUAACUAAAAAAAAAGAAAUAAACAAAAAAAAAGGAGUUACAUUAACUCUAAUCGUAUAAUCCAAUUUUAGGGGGGAGGGUAAGGUUUUUAAAAAAAGGACAAGAGGUCGUAGAAUAAAAAAGGUUGGGAACUACUGUAGUAGAGUUAUAAGUUAUAAAUUAUAUUUAUUUGUGUAAUUUUAAUAGUUUUUAUUAUAAUUUAUUUUGUGCGUUUUUCACUUUUUACUUUACUAUAACGUCAAGUAUAAGACGAUUUUAAAAGUUAAUUUUAAUUGGACUUCAUUUUCUUUUAGGCAUUAAAUGAUUAUAUAUGAAACGACAAUAGUUUUAAAUUUCGAAUAUUUGGCGGGUAUAAAUAUACAAUUUGAAAUAUCUAUUGCCCAGUAACAAAAUAUUAUUAUUUUUAUUAUAAUUCAUUUUUAAACAUUUAUAAUUUUUUAUUUCCAUAUAGAAAAUUCAAAAUUUAAAUUGAUCUUAGUAAAUAAAUUACAUGGUUGAACUAUUACUGUUACGCACACAAAAUUAAAUCGAAUAAAAUAAGUGAUAUAGGAAUGCCAACUUAUGAAGAAGAAACGUGUUUAACAGGUAUAUUUGUAUUUUUAACUGACAUACAAUUUUUGUGCAUUUGGAUUUUGAAUACCUUAUUAUACCUAAUUAUCUUACCAAUGACUUUUCUUUUUUAUUUUGAUAGUUUUUUUGGGGCGGUAAAAUUACGUUAUACAAAUAUAUAAUCUUACCUGUGGAGUGUAUCAAAAUAAUAUUGUCUAUCUGAAAAAAACAGCAGCUAUCAAGACUCUUUUUAGAAUUUGUUUUUAUUUGUCUAUUAUUGUACCUUCGUCUAUAAUUAACAUGUUAUCAUGAAUGUUAGAUGCAGGGGUGGAUUUAAGAUAACAGAGGGGGGCAAUUUUAGAAAUGUCUCUAAGUAAACACUUAUGAUGAAAAUCAAAUACAAAGUAUAUUGGGGCUAAGAGUAAUAUUUUGGAUCGAACGGUGAGAAGAAUGCUUCAUCGCCCCCACUUCUGGAUUUACUGUUGGUUAAAUAAUAAAAUAAUUAGAUUAUUUUAAUGAAAUGUCUAUGUAUUUGCAGAGUGAAACCUCAAUUAUUUAGAAAAAAAAAAACGUUUUUAAGUAUUAUUUAAGUUUCACCACACUUCUAUUGAACUUAAUUUUAAAUCUCAUUAGAAUUAUUUUGUCACAUGAAACACCUGACGCGUCUUUCCAUUUUAUCCAACCAAAUUUAAUUCUAUAUUUCAUAUUCUCAUCAAAGCUCAUCAGGAUCGCUUAGCGCGAAGCCCUGAAUGUUCCUUACUUGAAACAAGUCAUAGACGCAAACGAAAUCUUCUUUGGUUGCUUACCACAAAUUUAUAAUAUCGAUGAUAUGGUUUCAAUAAUAACAAUAAUAAACAUGCUAUUAUUAAGUAGUUUUUACGAUUGGUCUAAACCAGACAACAUCAAUCCAAGAAAGUUAUAGUGUCCCAAGUGUAAAUCUAAAACCUACUGCUUAUCUAUCUAGUCGAUGAAAACAGUUGUGGUAAAGCAGUGGGGAAAUUAAAUCUUAACCUACCUAUUGGUCUACACAUGAUAAUGCUCCAUGGAAUAUAUGUGUCUUAUAAGUUUAAAUCUAAUUCCUAAAAUCGAUGAAAAACCACGAUGGGUUUAGAUAAAGUGGGGGAAAAAAACGAAAAACAUUUGAUCUUUGAUCGUCAGAUUUGAAUCCAGCAAUGUAUUACAUUAGUUACGUAAUAUGGACUGAUGAAUGCCAUGUUUUAAGGUUAAUAUGGUGUAUAAUAAUAUGCACCUAAAUGAAUAACGCUGUAUCUGGACAACCUGAAGAUUCCAUUUUACUCUAUGGCUCGUUUCGUGUAUGGAACGUUAAUACGUGUCCUAAAAAAAUGUCUAGUUUCCCCUACCCUUCAGUCAUUCAUGUUUUAAACAUUUAAUAAUUAAUUGUCAGUUAUAAAAUACUUUAACAGUAAUAAUAGUUAAAAAAAAUCGACUCACGGUGAAUAAAAUUUUAUUCCGUCGAAAUCUGUGUAAGUACAUUACUUCCGUAAAACUUACGUCGGACGGUAUUGUUUUUUCAGAUUACAUUCAAAACGUUGCCUUGUUCUACUUGUAGGACUGGUGAUAUUGAUCGCGGUUAUAGCGUCGUUGGUCGUGUUCUCACACCAUGCCAAGACCGAUACCGAAGAUCCCGACCCGGAAUUCCCGAUACCGCCGUCCAGUAUGCCGAUGGGUCUCUACGGCAAAGUUGGCAUUGUAUCCAAUGGAGGACCAUGUGCACAGAUUGGAGUGUAAUUAUGAUAUUAUUUAAUUACUUUUGAUGAUUGCAUUAUUGAUUUAUUACAAUAUAAUAGAAGUGCAAUGGAGUACGCUAAAAAGGUGUUUAUUUACAAAAUAUCUCCCCCCCCCCCGUCAAAAAAGAAGCUUUCAAUUCUGUAUCAGUUUCAUCGCCACUCAAAAAAGUUUUUAAAUUCCUAAUGCUUAAUUGUAAAAAAGUCCUAAAACAGGACUGAAGGUAUCCAUCUAUUAGAGAUAUACUCGUUUUAUAGAAUUUUUUUUAAUUUAAAAGUUUACGUUUUACUCUAAGAAGCACAGUGGCAUUUACCGUUUCUGUUGUUUUAACAGACGAUCCGUUAAUGAUUUUAUGUAAAAUAAAUGAAAAGGCCUGUAAAAUCAAUUUUAGAGGAAAAAUACUUAAAAUACUUCGAUGAAAAUAUUUUGAAAACAAUCUUGUUAGCGUAAAAUAUUGAACUCAUUAUCGAAGGUACAAACAAGUUGUAUUUUAAAUAUAUUUUUCUUUCAUUUUUGUUAUUGCCGAAGUAUUUAAGUCCGAAAUAUACACCUAUUAUGGAUGUUGUAAACCAAGCAUGUCAAACUCAAAGUAUCAAGUGGGCCAAAUAUAUUGAAUAGUUUACUACGGGCCGCACAUAAAUAUUUAAUGAAAAAAAAUAUUUUAUACAAAUUUUUCAAUUGUAUUCUUUACGAACACAAUAAGUACAGUAUAAAUUCAAAAAGUUAAAAAAAAAAAUUUACAUUUUAAAAAAUCAUAUUGAUUAUUUAUAGAUAUUUAAAUUACAAAACAAAAUCGUAUUAAUAAUUUUUUUUUGGACGAUAUUUGUCCAACCAACUUUUCAAUUUCUGGAGAAAUUUUUUUGGCCGAAGCCACUUUUAACAUUGAAUUCAGAUAUGUGUCGGUUAAUCUGGAUCUUACGGGUGAUUUAUUGCUGUUCAUUAAUGAAAAUAGUUGUUCACAUUGAUAAGUACUACUAACAUAGAAAUAAUUUUUCACGUAAAUCUACGUGUUUCUACAUAUCGUACUGGCACGAAAUUGGUAAAAUCAGGCACCCCAACUUCAUUGAAUUUAUUUUUUAAAAUUGCAUCAUUUUGAAUAUCGAUCAGUUUCAUUUGUAUAUAUGCUGGAACUUUUACUGCGUCUAUUGAAAAAGGAUAAGGAUAAAAAGGAAACAAGGCAAAAUCGUUUUCUAAAUAUUUGAAAUUUUGAAACCUAUUUUCGAAUUCAGUUUUCAAACAUCUAAUUUUUUCUAAAUAUUUUUUGUAUAAAAUUCGUUCAUUAUUACAAUGUAAACCAUAAUUCUACCUAAAUUUCCCUAAUUCAGUCUCACCGGACUCCCGUGCUAGUAAUUUUGGUUAAAUAACUUGCUGUUUUUAUACAAUUUGGUAAUAUAAAUGGUAACAAAACAAUUUCUGAAUGGCGAAAUGUUCAAAAGUUUUAAUGUUGAUUUUUUAAAUUAUUAAAGUACGAACUCUGAAAACACCUAUUAUUAUUAAUCUAAAAACUAGAUGUUCGAUUAGUAUAUAUUAUAUUAGCUAUAUUUAUUUUUAGUUUUAUACCUAUAACCUAUAUCUAAAAUGUUUAAUAAAACACGCAAAACAAUUUAAUUAAAAAAAUAUAUAGAUAAAUAGGUACGUUUUAUAACACCGUAUAGUAUGCAUACAUACCGAUUAUAUAGAACGAAUUAUUAAUAGACUUUAUUAAGUGAUUUAUAAUAUUUUAUACUCAUAGUAUACUUAAUAAGUAAACAUUUUUUUUUUUAAAUACCAACUAAGUGUUAUUUGAUAACCAGCAUUACAUAAAAUGUUUUGUUUGUUAAGACUGUGUAAUAUCCACUUUAUAUUUAUAAAUGACGACAAUGUGAAUUUUAAAUUUUCAGAAUUAUUUUUAUAACUAUUGUUUUAAAUUAAAAAUUUAGGGGAGAUAAAAUACACAGUACCGGGUGAUCCAUUUAAAUGUGUGCACUCAUUUUUCCGGAAAGUAUUAACUUUUUUCGGAAUUUGUUUUCUAGAACAUUUAAGAAAUAAGCAACGCUAUAAUUUUAUAUUUAUGUUAUUUUUUGUCACCCUUAUUUUUGGACGUAAAACCACUACCUACUUUUGAUUUUCAAAUGACAACCUGUAUUAAAAAAUCAAUAUAUAGAUGGAGUAUUACUUAAAAUAAAUUUUAGUGUUUACAUUUUUUAUUUCUGUCUAGCCGUUGACAAGAUAUUUCACUUUUAAGUAUGGCUUGGAGGAGAGUAGUGGUGCAUUAUAAAUACGCCUGUGCCGUACCGCCACACAAAUGAUAUUCCACUACUAUCUUCAAACCCAAACUUAAAAGUGGAAUAUAUCGUCAACGGAUGGACAGAAAUAAAAAAUGUUAACACUAAAACUUAUUUUAACUGAUACUUCAUCUAUUGUUCGAAUUUGUAUUGUGUAUGUAUAAAUAAAUAAAUAGAUAAAUGAAUGUGUCUCCUGGAGUAGUAUGAAAUAUCAAAAUAAUAUAUCUAACAAAUUCGCUAAAAUUCAGAACUAUAAUAAUACUAAUGUAAAAAUCGCUAAAAAUCGGUAAAAUAUUAAGCAAAUAUUAUUAAAGAAAAUAUAUAAAGCCUAUUUAAUUAUUUUACUAUAAAAUUAUAUAUGUAUUGUUGACAAAGCAUCACUAUCAACUGAACUCCUCUCAGAAUCGUUUUUCGUAAGCAAAGGUUUAUCGUUACUUACAGGUAUACAUUCAAUUAUUUAUAACAGUAGCUGCACCCGUCCCCAUUAUUCUAGGAUGUCUUUUUUUUUAUUAAUUUGUAAAAUAUAGUUUUUUUUUUUUUAUAGGGACGUUCUAUCAAAAGGCGGAAAUGCCGUGGACGCUAUUAUCGCUGUAAUGUUAUGCGACGGCGCUCUAUGUCCAGAAUACAUGGGUUUGAGCGGAGGAUUUUUAAUGAGUUUCUACAACAGUACGACCAAAAAAGUGACAGCUAUCAACGCGCGCGAAUCGGCUCCGGGCGCGGCUAAUUCCAAAAUGUUCGUAAAUGAACCCAAAAGUUCCGUAUACGGUACGUAUAUUAUAUUUAACUGAGAUUUUAAAUUGUUUGUAUUUUUUUUUUUUAAAUAAAUAUACACUUUAACUUAUAUUUCUUCUUAUGCUGACAUCUAUUUUCUAAGAGUUAUUGCUGCCAUAAUUAUAUACAUACUUCGUUACCUGUUCCUAACAUGAAUAUCUCUCUAGUUUUUAUUUCCCAAUUUUUUUAAAGCUUCAUCCCUCUCGUCAAUCUAUCUUUUCUGAAUCUUUGAAAGAGUUUAAUUCAGGUAUACGACAAGGGGGGAGAUAGCCCCACCUGGAAUUUGUGUGCCCCUUGUUAAAUGUGGGUAAAUUAAUAACUAAUUAAAUAAUUAAACAAAUUUAACUAGUCUUCGUAAGUAAAUAAGAUAAGGAAAUAAAACACUGGGUCAUUACUAUAAUUUUAACAAUAGCCCCCCCCCCCUUUAGAAAAGUUGUUUGGAUUCAACACUGGAUUUUCCUCAUGGUGUUCUUUCUUAAGCUUUACAUUCUAUUGCUAUCCUAACUAUAGACCUUUUUAAGUAUAGAUAUUCCUUCAUACUUUAUUUUCGAAUGUUCUCAAUUUGCUCUCUUUCUAAUUGGUUGUCAUACUUAUCAUCUUUGAAUAAUAAUUUUGAAUGUAUUUCCCAAGUAUUUAGAAUUGCUUACUUUUUCGAAAUAAAACUUUCCAAUUAUUUGAGGUCCUUUCCAUUUUCAAUGAAUUUGAUUAGACCUAUUCAAGUGUAUGCUAUUUAAAUCAGUUACCAGUCACAUUAAUAAUAGGUACAAAUGGCUAAUUUAAAACCCGAAACCCAAUAACUUUUUUUAAAAAGCAGUUGAGGUAAAGAGGUGAUAAUUUAGACGAUAGCGCUGUUGUUUUACUAAAAAACCAAUAAAUUAAUUUACGAUUAGCUGUAAUUUAAUUUAAAAAUUGCUUCACUCGUUAAAAAUCGUUUUUCGUUAACAAUGAUUUUUCGUUGUGUACUGAUAGAAACUAAACAACUCUGUAUAGUUCAUCUUCCCAACUUACUAUCUACAACAAUGGUUCAUCCAUCAGUAGUAUUAGUUCUUUUUUUUUUUUUAACUUUCUAUAGUUGUGUGUAAGGAUCCUGAUGAAAUUAAAUGCUAAACAUUUUUUGUUUUUCAUAUAUAGGCGGAAAAGCUAUUGCGGUUCCCGGAGAACUUAAAGGAUAUUCUACGAUAUACGAAUUGUAUGGCGGUGGGGUUCCUUGGGAAUCGUUAUUCGAGCCGACCAUACGUUUAUGCGAAGACGGUAUUAAAGUUAGUGAACGCCUGGAAAAAAGUAUAAAAAAUCACGAAGAUCUGAUCAAAAACGAUACAUUGCUCAGGUAGUGUAAAUAUAUUUAUUUUAAAAACAUCUUCGUAAAUUUUAACUUUUUAUAAUUUAAAAUAUUUAUUAAUUUUUUUCGUAUCUGCUUGUGUAGUGAAGUAUUCAUCGAUGAAAAAACCGGUCACGGAAAAAAAGCUGGGGACAUAUACAAGUUACCCAAGUUAGCAAAAACGAUGCGAGUUAUAGCGAAAGAAGGUUCAGACGCGUUGUACAAGGGAUCAUUAACAUCGCAGUUUUUAAAAGACAUACACGACAUUAACGGUAUUAUCACGGCGGAGGACUUGGCGAAUUAUAAGUGAGUCAAUUGUUUUUAUUAUUAUUAUUAUUUUGUUUAGUACAUUAAUAUGCGAUAUAAUGACAAAAAAUACGUACUAUAUUACUAAAAUAUUAUCACGAUUGUGUAAUUCGAAGUAUCGAUUCAUUUUCAACACUGCGUGUUUAAUAGGGUGGAAAUCAACGAAUCGUUUUCCGUACAAUUAAAAAGCGGACAUAAAAUACACGCCGGAUUACCACCAGAUUCCGGUGUAAUAUUAGCCUACAUUCUUCGAGUGUUGGACGGCAUAUUACCGGCACCCAAUGCCGGUUUAGAUGCACACCGAAUCGUGGAAGCUUUUAAAUACGGGUAUGCCGAAAGGACCCAUUUAGGCGACCAUCGUUUCGUAAAUGUAUCGCAAGUACGUUUUAUAAUAGUUUAUUGAAUUAUCCGCGUAGGGUUGACAAAAAAAUAAAUACAUGGGAAACACACCAUUUAAACGUCCAUUUGAUAUUUUCCAAGUAGAGUAUAAAAAUACUGUAUUUUUCUAUCCCAUAGUCUCAUUGAAAACUAUACUUAUUCAUAUCGGAUUUAUCUACCUAUCUAAUUUUGGGUCUCAUUUUUAAUUUUUUGUGUAAAUUGCGGCCCGGGUAUAUUUUAAAAAUACAUAAAUUGCGGCCCAGGUAUAUUUUGUAUAAAUUACUAAAUAUUUUUUAUUCAUAUGUAUAAAUUACGUCUUAGACUGUUUUUUGUAAAAUCAAUAUUUAUUUCCCCAUUUUUCAGACUUAGGACUGGAAGUAGAAUUGUAUUAAUAUUGAUAUAGUUAAAAAUAUUGGUUUUGCUUUUUUGUUUUGUUUAUUAUUAAAACAUGUAUUAUUAAACAUUUAUAAAUAAGGAAAUGGUAAACAUUUGUAAGAUUAUUUUUUUUUUCAAUUUAAUAAAAACGAAUGUUAUGAAAAGUGAAAGUAAUAAAACGUUGAAGGUAAUUGAUGAAUUCAAAUUUCAUUUUCACAAUUUGCUAAAAUAUUAAUACAAUUAUAUAUCGACAGUCGUUAAGGUACGGUUUCCAAGGCGCGGCUAGCCGCGGCGGCCGAUCGCCGCGACCAGCCGCCGAAAUCUGACUGGUUUCCUAGACAUACAAAUCGCCGCGGCUCUAAACAUAAUUUCAUUAUUUGUUUAGUCAUACUUCGCAUUAUGUUGUGUUAAAACGUAUAUUUAAAGUGUUAAACCAUGUCCGAUUUAAUGUGCGUUUUCAAUAAUAAAAAAAUGAUCAUUGAUUUGCUUGAAGAAGAGGAGGAAGAUGAUAAUUUAUUUUUACGUAAUUAUUUAAAUCCAAAUAAAAGGAAACUAACCAACGUUUUAUUUAAAUAUUAUAAUUAUUAUUCAAUACUACAAUAAUUAUUAUAAUUCAAUACUAGAAUAUUAGUUAAAUUAUGGUAGUAUAUACUAUAUGUCUAUAAACUACUAUCAGUGACUGCAAAAGUUUUUUCAUAAACACUAUUUUCGACUUAAGUCGCCGGCGGCUGUCGCGAUACACUGCUCUCGUUGCAGUAGAGCCGCCAGCCGCGGCGGCUAUAGUUCAGUCGCGAGCCGCAGCCGAGCAUUGGAAACCGUACCUUUAGUCUGAAAAAUGGGAAGGAAAAUAUUGAUUAGACAUAAUAUUUGCAUUUACAUAAAAAAUAUUUAGACAAAUAAUAUUAUACAAAAUACACUUGGCCGCAAUUUACAUAGUAUAUGACUAUGACUUUUUUCGGGGUGCGUAAUUUACCGAACCCGCUAAUUUUGCACCCAUAUAGAGAGCAUUUUUUUCUCAGAGAUCUACAAUUAUUAUAAUCCUACGUGUUAUUAAGUCAUUCAAGUUUUAGUUGUUUGUUGUAUAAUUUGACACGGUUUAUAUUAAAAUAAAUUAUAUAUAUAUAUAUAUUGUUUUUGUUUUUAGAUUUUCGAUAAAGUGAAAUCGGACAGUUAUAUGGAUAGUAUACGCAGCAAGAUAUCGGAUAAUUUUACGUCGUUGGAUCCUAAAUAUUACGGAGCUGAUUUCGACGUGACCGAAAAUCAUGGGACAGCCAAUAUAGUCGUAGUGGAUUCGAUGGGAAACGCUGUAGUAGCAACUAGUACGAUAAAUUCAUAGUUAGUACCACUUGCAUACUAUUUAUAUUAUAUAUUUGUUAUUAUUGUUUAUUUAUACUGUAUUUGAUCUAUAGCUUUGGCUGCGGUUUCAUGUCUCCAAGUACCGGUAUUAUUCUCAACAACGAAAUGGACGACUUUUCCACCCCAGGAGUUAUCAACUAUUUCGGAAUUCAACCUUCUCCAGCCAAUUUCAUCAUACCGGGCAAACGACCGUUGUCUUCGAUGAGUCCGUCAAUAAUAACAAAUGAAAAUGGCGAUUUUGUCCUCGGGAUUGGUGCUGCAGGAGGUUCAAAAAUUACUCUAGCCAGUGCAUAUGUAAGAUUAUUAUCUUUGCUUAAAAUUACAUUAAUUUAUCACAAAUAAUUUGCCAAAAAUAUUCUCCAUCAAUUUUCAAUAAAUAACGUAAUAAAAAUUACGUAUUACACAAAUAAUCAAAUAAAUUGUUUAGAAUAAUUUGUAUAGUAUGUAAAAUAUGCAUUCGUACAUUUCUGUAAUAGUUUGAAAGUAUCAGAUUCAAAGUGAUUCAAUCUGAUCCUUUAAAAAACUAAAAUACAUGAAUAUUAUAAAAUGUAUUAAUAUAUAUUAUAACGUUCCUGUAGGCACAGUAAUUUAGUAACUCCAAAAAAGUAACAAAUUAAUUAUAAACAUUAAAUUGUAUAGAAAAAUAAAAUGCGCGUAAUUUAGUGUAAAUUCUGCGUAAAUUUCACUAAAUCUAAGGAGAAUAAAACGAAACAAUGUCACUUAGUCAUAUAAACAUUAUCUACAAACGACAUAAACAACAUGUCGUUUAUCCAUUAUCAAUAUUAUUCUCACAAUAUGUCGUAUCUUCGGGUUAUCAUUUUAUUCGAAAACAAGAAAAUAAGUUUUAUUCAAUUUAUUGAAUUUGAUUACUUGAUAGUUUUAUGAAUACAAGUUUUUCUAAAAAAUAUUGUCCAUAAUAAAGUUAUGGACAAUAUUUGUUUUUGGAGUUACGGGUAAUUGAUUCCGCAAAAACAAUAAAUAAAUAUUUAGUAUCUUUAAGAUUAAAAAUUUAAUUUCCAGGUUACGGCCCUCACGUUAUGGUACAAUAAAACGUUGAAACAAGCGGUAGACAAACCUAGAAUAUACCAUCAGCUUUUGCCGAUGCAAGUUCAAUACGAAUACGGAACGACCCGGGUAAGAGAAAAAUACAGUUACCAAAAAUAUUGAUUUUAUAUCGAUACUCGAUAUAGUGUGUUUUCACUUUCGAUGCGACGGUAUCUUAAAAUGGUCACCGUACAAGUUCUAAACAAAAGUUAACAACUUAUAAAUCUUUAUAUAUUAUACCCAUUUUUUUCAUAUGUACUCGAGUAUAAAAACAAUGAUGUCACAUUUAUCUGUUUAUUAAUAUACAGGACGUAGUACAAAUGCUCAGAGACAUCGGUCAUCCCGUGUCUAGGUUGAAAAACACGAUCGGUUCGGCGGUGACUGCAAUUUCUAGAGCUAAAUCGGGCAUGAUUGAAGCCAUGCCAGAUUUCAGACGACCCGGAAAUUCGUCCGGAUACUGACGACGGGAUACUGUAAAAUAAUUAUAAAAAAAAGAUCAUGUUAUGUAUGUUACGUAUGUAAAAUACGAGUAUAUUAUAAGUUCCUAAUAUAGGCGAUUCGAUUUUGCGACUGAUAUUAUUAUGUGUACAUAAUUGAAAAAAAAAACUUAGUGGUUUUAAUUUUACUUUGUUAUUUUUAAAAUUAUUUUUAUUUCAUGCUGUUUAUGAUUUUUUUUUUUUGUUUUACGAAAUCUGUAUUAAAUACAAAAACAUUGCAUAAUGUUUAAUACACAUUUCAUAAAAAAAAAAAAAAAAAUAAAUAUAUAAACUCCACCUGAACAACAAAAUAAUAUUUGUAUACAUUUCAGAAAGUAUAUUAUGUUGUAUGAUAUUAUAUUCAUUCAUUAAUAUACAAUUAAUCGAUGUUUUAAUGUUUAAUGUAGUUUAUUAAAAUAAUAUGUGAAUUUUAACAUUAGUUUAAUUUAUUAUACAAAAUUUCCUAACCACAAUGUACCUAAAUAUUUUAAAUUAAAAAUCUAUAAAUAUAUAUAAUAAUCUAUUUAAGUUACUUGUAGUAUUAUAAAUACAACAACAAAAAUGAUUGUAAAACUACACUGUAAGUAUUGUUUUUCGCCAUAUAAUUUGGCGCGUUUACGAUAAAAAGAAAAUAUUCCACGUUUUGGAAUACUAUAAAAAUUAAAAUAGUAAAUUGAACACCUUAUAUAUUAUAAAUUAUUUUAUUUUGUUUUUUUUUUUAUCAGAUAUAUUCCGACAUCAACAAAAUCUAUUAGCAACGAAAAUGUUACUUUCAUUUAUUUGCGCAAUUUGACAUUGGAACACGCCAAUCAGUCACAUUCAUCUCUACUCUAAUUUCUUUAUAUUUCGUUUUCUAUAUGAGCUUUAUUUUUAUUUAUUUAUUUGUUUUUUUUU